GGCCGCUUGCUUCCUGCGCGGGCACUAAGAGGGGCGGACUGAUAGGGCGUUGCUAAGCGACGGAGAUGCGCACGGGGCCUGUUUGGUGAAGGAGCAGAGCAGGAGGAAGUGCAGUGGGAGCCGCGGGAUGGACCACAGCCUGCCAGUUUUCUCCAUUCAAGAGAAUCCCUUUGGAGGUACGCCCUUGGGUGGAAGCCACUACUGGCCAUCCCGGAGUCAGACCUCGUGUCCCAAGAUCCUGAGCCCAUCCAGGUCUCAGAGAUCCAGGCUCCCACAAGCUCCCAAGGUUCCAGCCACAGGUCCCAACUCCCCUGAGCUGUCUGAGGAGUCCUGGCCAUCCAGUUCAGGGACCCCUUCCCCACCCAGCACCACUGAGGGACAGAUGGGGGCCUCCCCAUCGCCCACCCUAAUUGACAGUGGGGACUCCGUGGUGGCCAAGUAUAUAAACAGGUUCCGCCAGGCUCAGCCCACCAGCCGAGAGGAGCGCCAGCCUGCAGGCCCAACCACAGCUGACUUUUGGUGGCUGCGGCCUGACCCUCCAGACCCCAGCAGUCAAAAUGCAGCAGCAGGAGCCAACAAACCAGAAAGAAGACCCCAUACAGCUGUCCCUACUGCGGCCAAGGUGACCAGUGCAUCCCAGGCUGUGGCUCCUCUUCAGGAAAUAAAGCAGAACCUCAACACAUGGAACUCAUCCCUGCUGGACCUGGAGACGCUGAGCCUACAGAGCAGAGCUGCCAGGCUGCUCAAACGCAGCAAAGCCUCCAUCUCCUCCUCCUCCUCCCUCAGCCCCAGCGAUGCCAGCACUUCCUCAUUCCCCACCAGCUCCAACGAACUCUCUCCCUUCUCAGAGACCUUCAUCCCUGACUCAAGCAAGGGCCCUGGCCCCAGGGCACCUGCAUCCCCGGCACCAGCCCAGGCCCAGACCCCUACCCCUGCUCCAGCCCCAGCCUCCUCCCCAGCACCCCUUCGGCCAGAGGAUGACAUUCUGUACCAGUGGCGGCAGCGGCGGAAGCUUGAACAGGCUCGGGGAAGCAAGGGUGGUGGAGCCUGGGUGCUGCCUGGGACCCCUGCCCUCCAGACUCUGACCUCUCCUGCUCCAGUGGAGACCCUCAGUUCUCUGGGAAACCAGCCUAACCACAUCCCACCGCAGAGCAGUGUGGCCCAGCCUGGUCCACCCGAGGUCUUCUAUGUGGAGAGGCCUCCCUUUCCCUCUGUGUCCUCUCCACAUAUCUUUUGGGCCCCUAGCCCCCACGGGUUCUGGGCCCCACAAUCUGGGCCUUGGGUAUCCCUCGGGGCUGUGCCUCCCAUGCAUCUGGCCUCCACCCUAGCGCCUCUGGCCUCCACCCUCCCACCCCUGGCCUCCACCCUCCAAACCCCAGCCUCCACCCCAGCUCCUCUGGUCUCUACCCCAGCACCUCCAAACUCCACCCCCACACCCCCAGCUGUCCCCCAAGGCUUUCCCAUCCCUGAGCCAAGCAGCUCCGCUCAGCCUAAAAGCCUGGGUCCCAAGUCUAGGAGGAGCAGAGCCCUUCCCCAAGAGGCUGCCGAGCCGGUCCCUGAAGCUGGCCAGGGGCCUGGCCCUCAGCUCAGGGGUGUCCUGGGCCAGGUAGUGGCAGCUCGGCUGUUCCCUGACAGCCUGGAGGACCCGCCUCCUCACCUCAAGGGCCCACUUCCACACGAGGCUGGAUCUCUGAAAGUCAAGACCAUACAACCCCAAACCAAGGUCACUCCCCCUCCAUCUGAAUCCCAGUGUCGGUCCAAGGGCAUGCCACCCGCAGCAGGGUCAGUGACCUGGAAGGCCGAAGCCACUUCUUCCCUUGGAGCAUGCCUACAGCCUGAGGUCCCACCCACUCCAGCAGAGCUGACAUCCGCAGUCGAGGCCAGGCUGCCUACCUUCCAGACUGGGUCCCCGGAGGCCCCGGCCCCGCCCCCGCCCGCUGCUCACCAUACCCCCUCAGAGGCCCUGCUCGCCCAGGCAGCCCAGCUGCUGGAGGCUGCAGAAGACUCUGAUGGCAGUGAGUUCCAGGACGAUCCUGUGCUCCAGGUGCUAAGAGCCCAGAGGGCAGAGCUGAGUCGGCAGAAAAGGCCAAAGACCCAGGAUCUUGGUCCCCUCCAGCCAAGUCGCCCCCCAGGUCCCCAAGGAGGCUGCUACGAAGGGAAGGAGCUUCCCUGGAUGCCAGACGACUUUGAAUUGUACAGAUUCUAGAUUCUGUUUUAUCCAGUGAGGUCUUUUGUUGUUGUUGUUGUUGUUGUUACUGGUUAUCUGUGAGAAACGGGUUGUUUUGGAAAGGCCAAGGGGUCAUGCCAAUUAAGGAAAUGCCCCCUGCCCUCCGCUGCCCCAUGGCUCUGUCCUGCCCCACCCCCACUCUCUUUCUUGACCACGGAAACAAGAUCUCCCUUCUGGGCCUCCUUGGGGGAGAGGUUUCAGGCAAGACUUUGGGCAAGACUGGGACCCACCUUAUCUGACUUCACUCAGGAUUCCUGGCUCAAAUGGGACCAAAGGACUGUCCUCUGGGGAAGAAGCUGCUAGGGUCAUCGGAGUGUUCAAUGAUGGUCAGUCCACAGCCCACACCAGCUUGAGCAGCAGCAGCAUCUACUGCAGCUCACCCCUCCCUCCUUGAAGCACAUUCUCUCCUGCUUCCAAAACUUCCCUGCACCCCUCUGGUCGGGCCUCGUCACUGGCCCAGCGUGUCAACUUUGCCAUGACCCAGAGCCACAGCGCUGACUUGUCUAUCUAUACCCACCAGUAGAUUCUCCUGCCUAGCUUCAUGACUCUAAACCCCAUCUCCAUUCUGAUGGGCCCCCAAUUUCUAUCUGUAACCUAGACCUGGCCAUGGAAUCUUGGGCUCCUACCUCAUCACCAUUUCUACCCAAGGGCUUGAAAGACAUCUCCAAUUCCAUAGGUCCUAAAUGGAGUCAGUCUUUCCCCCUAAGCAUGCCCCUCCCAACUUUCUUCAGCUCUGUCCUUUGCCGUUAGAGUUGCCUUUGACUUCUGUCUUUCCCUUCCACCCACAGUUAACCUGUAGAUCCUGCCAUCUCCAACUUUAUCUUGUUUUAUUUUGAGACAGAGUUUCACUCAUGUUG